GCUGUUGUAAUUGUGUACCAUUGUGUAUGAUAGACAUCAAGGUGCGGAGCUCUGCCAAAAAUGAUGUGGCAAUGAAAGAUUCGAAAAUAUUAACAGUGGCGCAAUAACAGUUAACGUCAUCUAAACUUUCGGUUGAAUAAAAAAUGCUGCGAUGAAAUCAAAACAACCUCUCCAACUUACGUUAGCAAUAUUAAAGCCGCAUGUAGUUAAAUCUCCGUUUGUUCUUCAGAAAAUUCGUGACUUGAUAAUUGAUGAGGGUUUCAAAGUUGUCAGAUCUCGUAGAACGAUAAUAACACCAAUGGAGGCAGAAUCGUUUUAUGCAGAUCACAAGGAGAAAUUUUUCUAUAACAGAUUGAUGACCUUUAUGUGCAGCGGCCCUUCGGACAUUCAUAUUCUGACGGCUCAUGAUGCUAUAGCUAAGUGGAGAAAAUUGAUGGGUCCCACAAAAGUUUAUCAAGCCCAAUUUCAUGCACCUCAUAGUAUAAGAGGGAUGUAUGGACUGUCCGAUACACGAAAUGCAACUCAUGGAUCAGACUCUCCAGAAUCAGCGAAACGAGAAAUGGCCAUAUUUUUCAAAGAAUUUAACAUAGAACAAUGGUUUGCAAAUGAAGAGAUUUUUUACAAUUCAGGAAAUCUAAACUUUGAUUCAUCUCUAUUCAUUCACACCAUUGACAGAACUAGGAAAAUAAACAAGAGUGAUCAAGAUACAAUAAUUUGAGGCUUAAAGUUAGCAGUCAAACACCUUAAACUUUUUUCAUAAGGGAUGACCAGUUAGUUUCAUACCUCAUAGUUCUUUAAAAAUAUCAGGGCUGCUUAUUUCAGCUUUCUGUUCUACCAUGAAUGCUCAAUUUACCAAUGAUAUGUAUAGAAUGAUGUAUUGUAUAUAAGAGUCAAGUAUACAUUCUAAUAGUUGAUUAUGUAAAUGAUAAAUAAAGGUAAAGCAGCAAUAAAGUAGGUUGUGAAUUUGGUAGUCAUCUUACUCAUUCAUCCUUUUCUAGCUACUUGUUAUCGUUGUAAUUGCGUGCAUGUACCUGAAUCUGUACUUUAUGAAACAAGAAUGGCACUGAAUAUUGAGGAUUUCACCAUUUUCAUUGUAGAAAUACACAUUGACAUUGAAUGUGUAUCAAUUCCUGUUCUAUGUUAUACAAAUCAAAUUACGGGAAAUUUAUAAAACAUAUUCAUUCAGUAGCAA